GAUCGCGGCCGUCCCGGUGCUCCCCGUAGUGCGGCGGCUGCUCUCGCCAUGGCGGCCGGCAGCGGCACGAAGGCGGCCGAGCGGCUCUACGACAUGGUGGUGUUCGGCGCCUCGGGCUUCACCGGACAGUUCGUGGUGGAGGAGGUGGCGCGGGCGGCGGCGACGGCGGCCGCCGGCGAGGGUCCGCUGUGCCGCGGCCCCCUGCGCUGGGCCGUGGCCGGGCGGAGCCGCGAGAAGCUGCGGGCGGUGCUGGAGCGGGCGGCCGAGCGACUGGGGAAGGCGACGCUCGGGGCAGAGGUCGACGUGCUGCUGUGCGAUGUGGGCGACGCGGUCUCGCUGGCCGCCAUGGCGAAGCAGACCCGGGUGGUGCUGAACUGCGUGGGCCCGUAUAGAUUCUUUGGAGAGCCUGUGGUAGAAGCUUGUGUUGAAAAUGGUGCAAGCUGCAUUGACAUCAGUGGAGAGCCCCAGUUCCUGGAGGGAAUGUACCUGAAAUACAACGAAAAAGCUGCGGAAAAGGGGGUAUAUGUCGUUGGAAGCUGUGGCUUUGACUCCAUACCAGCUGAUAUGGGAGUACUGUACACCAGAGACAAGUUGAAAGGUACCUUAACUGCUGUUGAAAGUUUCCUGUCGGUAAAAUCUGGGCCUGAGGGUGUUUGUGUACACGAUGGGACCUGGAAGUCAGCUGUCUAUGGCCUUGCAGAUGAAGACAACCUGAGGAAACUUCGAAAAAAGAUAGGAUAUGCCCCUGUUCCAAUAGUUGGUGCAAAGCUUAAAAAAAGAGGAUUUUUGUUUUACAAUCAGGAAUUCAAAGAGUACUCUAUUCCAUUCAUGGGAUCUGAUGGUUCUGUUGUGAAACGGACUCAGCGUUAUUUGCACACAGAGUUGCAGGAAACACCUGUCCAGUAUGGUGCUUAUGUGAAUGUAGGUGGUCUUGGCUCUGUUAUCAAGCUGAUGUUUGCUGGCAUGUUAUUUCUUCUUCUGGUGAAGUUUAACUUUGGAAGAAAACUUCUGACAAAAUACCCAGAAUUUUUCUCUGCUGGACGUUUCACAAAGGAAGGACCAACCCAGAAACAGAUGGAUGGAACCUCUUUUACAAUGACUUUUUUUGGUGAGGGUUACAGUGAGGGGCAAGAUCCCCAGAGUGGCAAACCAAAUGUGAAGAUCUGCACUGAAGUGAAAGGACCAGAGCCUGGAUAUGUUGCUACGCCUAUUGCAAUGGUUCAAGCAGCUGUAUCUCUUCUGGAAGAUGCACAUUCUCUGCCUAAACGGGGUGGUGUAUAUUCUCCGGGAGCUGCCUUCUCCAAAACAAAACUGAUUGAUCGCCUCAACAGACGUGGUGUUGAGUUCUCUGUUAUUAGCAAGCCCGAAGUCUGAAGACAAAACAUAACUAUGAAUUAACACCUUUACUGGGUCUAACUCCAAUAAAACUCAUUUGGCUGCAAAAGCCUAAUCGUAAA